AUGUGCUUUGGCUUACAGGCGGUAGCCACGCUCCAUGAACUUCCCCUCGCCGCUUUUCACACAGCUCUUGUUUCACUCUUCGCCAUUCGCUACUUUAGUGCCCAUCUGCUCUAGCUUGGCAUCCUUCAUUCUGAUGGAAUUCCAAAGGAAAAUAAAAAAACAAAAUAUCUCCCCUCCAUGCCGGCGCUGCAUUCUGGAGAUCUUCCGUGGUUGUGGGCAGGCGAAUACAUGUUCCGGAAAGGGAUUCGCAUGGGAGAAGAAAUCAAGCCCAUCAAAUGGGUCCUCUUCAAUUCUUUCUUAGAGAUUGAAGCUCCAGUUGUCGAAACGUUGUCUAAAGAAGUGGGCGUUUAUCCAAUAGGUCCUCUAAUUCCUCCCGAGUUUCUCCAUAGCAGGACGACCACGAAGGUUCUUCCAAGCUUCUGGAAAAAUGAUACAGGAUGCUUACAGUGGCUACAUAAACAGUGUGCAGACUCUGUGAUCUACAUAUCUUUUGGAAGUUUGGCAGUUCUGAGUGAAAAACAAUUGGAAGAGCUCGCUCUGGGAGUAGAGGCCACACGGAGACCAUUUCUGUGGGUUGUGCGCUCCGAUCUAAUGAAAGGAAGCCAAGCUGUUUUACCUGCUGGUUUCUUGGAUCGAGUGAGAGAUAGAGGUUGCAUAGUUUCGUGGGCGCCACAGUUAGAGGUGUUAUCUCAUCCUUCCAUAGCCUGUUUUGUGACUCACUGUGGAUGGAACUCUGUGCAGGAAAGCAUCACCAUGGGCGUGCCCAUGCUUUGUUGGCCUUAUUUUGCAGACCAGUUUCUUAACCGCACGUAUGUUGUGGAUGUGUGGAAAUUGGGUCUGCCAUUGAAUGCGAAUAGCCAAGGAAUGAUAGAGCAGGAAGAGUUUGUAAAAGGCGUAGAGAUUUUGCUGGAAUCGGAACAAGGCCUUGAAAUAAGAGAGGGAGCUAGAAAAUUGAAGAUUAUUGCUAGGGAUGCAGUCAAGGACGGGGGAUCCUCAUCGAAUAAUUUUAAUCUAUUCGUUACCGCCAUGAAGCGACAACUGAAUGAAUGAUUUUCUUUUUGGAGCCAUUAUUUUGUUUCACUUCUUUUGUUAUCCCGGAGAAAGGGAUAUGUUUUGUUUCAUUUUGUCUCGUGUCCUACUUCCACAUAAGGUAUGUCAUCCAUGCUGUCACAAAACGUUCUUUCUCGUUUGGCAACUUGUGGUAAAAUCAAA